AUGAAGUUCGCCCACACGCUUAUCUUGAAUGCUGUUCCGGAUUGGGUUGAUCAAUAUGUUGACUAUGAUCAUUUGAAGAAACUGGCAUAUCGGAUCGAGCGGAUCAAUGUACAGCAAAUGCUGGAUCGACGGCCGAGUAUGGCACAGCUACACGAAAACGACGACGACCAGCGGUUUAUUGCAGAGUGCAACAAACAGCUUGACAAGGUCUGCAAGUUUUAUUCGAGUAAAGAGGUCGAAGUCUUUAACGAUGCAAAGACGCUUCGAUCCCAGUUUGAUGAACACCACACUACAAGCGAAACCCCUACAGUGAGCCGGGUGCCAUCCAGCAACAGUAACUACGAGAAUGCAAACAACGGCCUGGCUCGAUGGAAGACAGUGGCUGGCCCGCCGUCCUUAAGCAGUCGAGACAAUAAUCCAAACCGAUUCCGUGGUCUGCAGUUCUUGCGGCGUCCAAACUCAAACUUGGCGCUCAACCGACGCGUAACUGAAGUGCAAGAGUUCAAUCGUUACUACAAUUUUCGUGCACGGUGUUCCUCAAUCUAUAUCUUGCUAUCUGAGCUCAAGUCCUAUAUCAAUUUAAAUCAUGAGGCGUUUCAGAAAAUUACCAAAAAGUGGGACAAGAUCACGGGCUCCAACCUUCGCACGACGUACUGCAAGGAAAUAGUAGACGUUGCCCAUCCGUUUCAACAAAGCCGCUUGCAGGAGAUCGAUACAGCGAUGAAGCUGAUAGAGCAGAUGUACGCUGCAGUGUUUACGGAAGGCGACAUAACAAGUGCAAUAGGCGAGCUUAAACUGCACAUGCGUGAUCACAUUCACUACGAGCGCAACACUGUGUGGAAGGAUAUGGUUGGCAAGGAACGCGAAACCUUCGAUGCCCAUGCUGUGCAGUACAAACCCGGAUUCAACAUUCCCAUUAUCAAGGUCUUUUGUAGUCGAAUGACGGUACGACGUAUAUGCACUCUCUUGCUCAGUGUUGUCAUGUAUGCCUGCCUGAUGAGCUUCGACACAUUGGAGAGCGAGGCCGCCAGCAAAUGUCUUGCGCUUUUAAUAUUUGUCGCUAUGCUUUGGGCGUUCGAGACGCUUCCACUGUUUGCAACAGCAUACUUGAUCCCCUUACUUAUCGUGCCUAUGGACAUAAUUCACCAAGAGGAUGGAAACGGUCUAAUGAGUGCAAAAGAUGCUGCGAAAGCCGUUUUUGCUAGCAUGUUUAACGGAACAAUUGCUGUGCUUCUCGGAGGGUUCGCCAUCGCUGCAGCGCUUAGCAGGCAUGGUAUCACUAAGGCCUUUGCCGCGGUAGUAUUGAGCAAAGCCGGGACGAAGCCACAUUGGGUUAUUCUAGUGAACAUGUAUCUCGCCGCGUUUUUAUGCAUGUGGAUCAGUAACGUAGCAACACCUGUACUCUGCUUUUCUCUGGUGCAGCCUAUAUUACGAACGUUACCACCCAAUUCUAAAGUGGGGCCAUGCUUGAUUAUGGGAAUUGCACUGGCAUCCUGCAUUGGUGGCCUUUCAUCACCCAUAUCAUCACCGCAAAAUAUCAUCGCCAUCCAGCUUCUGGACCCUAAUCCCGGUUGGGGUAUCUGGUUUGCCGCCUCAAUACCCCUCACUAUCAUAUGUAUACUAACCACAUGGGGCAUGCUGCUAUUAUAUUUCCGUCCAACGCGAUCCACGCCACGGAUUAAUGCUAUCAAAAACCAAGGAUACGCGCGACCAAGUUAUUCUCAGGUCUGGGUGGUCCUUGUCUGUCUUGUAACGAUUGGCCUGUGGUGUGGCGAAACAGCAAUGCAAGAUUUUUGGGGCGAUAACGGAGUCAUUGCACUGAUACCCUUUGUUCUACUCUUUGGAACUAAUAUGCUAAACAAGACGGAUUUAAACAACUUCUUGUGGAGUGUGGUGACGCUAGCACAAGGCGGUAUGGCGCUAGGAUUUGCGGUCGAUAGCUCUGGAUUGUUGGAUAUCAUUGGUCAUCGAAUAGCAAACGGUGUACAAGAGAUGCCUGUACUAGCUAUUCUUUUCAUUUUCGGCAUACUGGUAUUGGUGUUUGCAACCUUUGUCAGUCAUACCGUCGCUGCACUUAUCAUUUUGCCUAUCGUUAAGCAAGUUGGUCAGCAUUUGCCGGCACCUCAUCCAAACCUUUUAGUAAUGGGUACUGGUCUGACGGCAUCUGUCGCCAUGGGUUUGCCAGUUUCUGGUUUUCCAAAUAUGAAUGCCAUUAUGCAAGAAGAUAGUACUGGUAAACCCUACCUCCACAUGAAAGACUUUGUACUUUGCGGAUUACCCUCUUCCAUCAUAGCAGCUCUCAUUACGAUUCUUUUGGGUUACGGUAUUCUCGGUGGUGUAGGAUACUGA